AUGCGGCGGCUUUCGUUGUUGGUUCAACCGCUCUGGCGGGCCUUGGUGCCUGCGAGACCGCGCCCAAUACAACAAUUAUAUCCUCUCUCGACCAGGUCCUUCUCUGUCUCGAAUCCUCGACUAGCCGCUCCGCCACGCCCUGGGAAAGUCCAGAUCUUAACUAUCGAGGACAAGAUUAACGAUUUCGUUCUUGAUGAGAAUAUCGAAGCACCUCAAGUCCGGCUGAAAACCCCGGAUGGAAAGCUCUCGGACCCGACCAACCUGCAUCAAUUGCUCGGCUCGAUCGAUCGCUCGACCAGCUAUGUGAUGCAACUGGCCAAUCCUGAACACCAGCCAUUCGCAAUCGUGCAAAUUGUGCAACGUGCGGAUCUUGUCAAGAGGAUCAAGGACAAAGAGGCGAAGGAACGACAGGCGAAGCACGCGCAAAGUCAGAAGAAGCCAAAGCAAAUUGAACUCAAUUGGGCAAUCAGUGGCAAUGAUCUCCAGCUCAAGAUGAAGCAGAUGCAGGAAUUUCUGCGGAAAGGAAAGAAAGUGGAGGUCCUGCUGGCCAACAAGAGACGUCAACGGAGGGCCACACCGGAGGAAGCGGAAUCUGUUUUACAGACCGUCAAGCAAACGGCACAGGAUGUUGGGGCCAUCGAGGUCGCUCCGAUGGAGGGAGCAAUUCUCAAACAGGCGACCGUGGUUGUCAAGAUUCCGUGA